CGAAACCUUUUUGGUUCACUUAUGCGGCCUUUUUGGUGCGGCCUUUUUGGUAAACGGCCUUUCUGGUACCAGAGCGACUCUGGUCCCUGGCCGUCUUUACCUUAUAUGGUAAUCAUAACCAUAUAUGUCACAACACAAACAUCUAUAAAUAAACGUUGUGAAUGAGUGUAAUAUGACCAUAUAUGAAGAAAGCGUAAUCAAAUAACGUGCGAGGGGUACCGAAUGGAGAAACAAGAAAAAAACAUCGUUGGAAUAAUCUCUCCUUUUGACUGCACACGAGCUUUCAAACGGUUGAGAUCCGGUGCCCAAGACAGGAGAAAAGUGAACCGUAUUGCUGGGGACUCCAAUGCUCAUCGGAUUAAGGAUAUUCUUCCUGAUGAUAUAGCUGUCAAAUGCCUGCCAAUCUCUGAUGAGAAUAUGUAAUGACAAUGACAUUCGCCAACUCUGUUUUCAAAGGUGCCAAAUUUUCUUGUGAUCGUUUUCGCCAUGCAUUGUUGAGAGACUUGCGGAAGAUGGAUGUUCAACAGCUGUAUCUUCAUCUAGGCUCAAAUGACAUUCUUACGAAUGAAGCGGUGUUUUACCGAGAUGUAGCUGACUUGUGCGAUUUGGUGCAUCAGGAGGCGCACAAUCGGUGUCCAGAAUGCAGGGUUGUUUGCUCCAACGAAGACGCUUUGCUGAGCCACUUCUGCAGUCGCCACAUCAAGCAACCAGAGACUGGAAAAGAGAGUAAAAUUAAGCUGAUAGGCUCACCAAUGAUUGCAUCUGCUAAUCAUGAACUCAACGAAGUCAGCUCAAGGAAGUGGAAGGCAUGCUUGGAAAAUAGAAGUUUCCAUUAUGAAGUUUACAAAGUUGCUUGUUAUAGGAGUAUUCGUUGCAAAUGGAUAUCCUGCAAGGAAGACUUCCACUCCAUAGGACAGCAAGAUGCACAUAUCAUCUCUCAUGUGGUUCAAGAGAAAUGCUGUAGAUGGGAGGAGACUGUACCAAAGUCCUGA